CGGUUGAGGGAAGAAGUUCGUCCUCGGCCGAGUAUUAAUGUGCCUGCAUUCGCAUAAAUAACCGUGUGCGUCGGUGAUAAAUACACAAACCACACACUCACAUUAAUGUCCAGAUGCAAUCAAAGGCACAAUGGAUGCAAACAACUGUAAAUAAAGUUCAUCAAACCAAUAGAAGUUGCUGCAUCUUCUCUUACCGGAGGAUUAGGUCAAUUAUAUACAGCCGGCACAUUUGUCACCGAACUCCAAUUCCUUACAAGUGGUCCUUCGAGCCCGGAUCCUGUUUAUAAUUGCACUAUGGCAACUUCUAGCAACUAUGGAGAAGAACAACCUGCAGUUGUAUCUCGUCCAAUUCGGCCUCAUCAACUUCCCAGACACCUACACGACUUUGUAAUAGACAGCCCAUCCUAUCUGACCCGACGAGAGUCACCCCAGGUAAUGGAGGUUGAACAAGAGGAAUUUGCAGAAGAUGCUUCGCUGAUUGGGACAGAAGCAUUGAGGCUGGAAGGGAUGGAAGCACGUAUGAGAGACAUCGCUCGGCAAAUGAGACAGCUACAGUCAGCCAUGGACAGUGUCAAAGGUCAAACUCACCCUCCACGAAAUCAGUUCGACUCAUCAUAUCCUCGUCGGAUUUCUAGCCUUCCUCACAUUAAUGGGACCACCAGAACAUCCCCACUUAUGGAUAAUCAGAUGAGUUCGACAUCAGCUGAUGGAGGACAUCGUCAUCUACUAGACAACUACGAGCUUGGCCCGCCGACAACACAGUCCACACAUCAGCAAGAAAUCAGCUCAACGACUAAAACUGUCCGAGCUCUGCAGCCAUCAGUUCAGGUAGCAGCACCUACGCUGGAUCUCGGUGAUCUCACUCGUCAUUCAGCUGCUCUAACCGGAUCAAGGCCGGAGUCUUCACAGCCAUAUUUAACGCAGUCUACUCAUCACACCCCACUUCCUCAGAGAGUAUUAACACCACCUCUACCCGUAAUGCAUACUGACCAGCAUGUUCAGCCAAUUCAUCACCCAGCUCAACCAAUAAUAAACCGGCCUGUAGCUCCACUAACAAGGCCACCUACUCUGUAUACUGCUCAGCCUGCAUCUCCGCAGCCUCAAGGCACACUACAGCCAUUUACCCAACAGCCGAAUUAUCCUCAACACGUCCAGCAGCAGAUAACUUACUCACCUGGGCCGCAAUUAGGAUUCCAACCUCCUCCAAGACAAGUCUUCAGCACCAUUCCUCAGCAUCAGCCAGCGACUGAUCCAGCAUCUUAUUCAUUUCCACAAGCUGGAUAUCCCCCUGCUGGUCAACCACAGUUAUACCAGCCUGCCUCUCAACCAGCUGCCUAUUAUUACCCACAGGUUGCGCCCUCUGCUGCUCAACCUACUACAGCUGCAAAUAAUUCCCCCUACAACAAUCCUGCAACACUCAGCAUGACAGAAAUGGCUAUUGCAGCUUCAUACGGUAUUCCUAAACCCAAGCUGCCAUUUUUCAGUUCCGGACGGGAGAGUGACUUUAUUAUGCUGAAAAAAGGGCUGGAUAGCUUACUUAGUCCACAUAGACACCUAACUGAAGACUAUAAAUAUCAAGUUUUACUUGAUCACCUCAAACUGCCUAGUGCGUAUCAAAUAGCAAAGAGGUACAUCCAUGAUCCUACACCGUACAGUAGUGCAAUGGACGCUCUACAGCAACGUUAUGGGCAGCCAAGACAGUUGAUCCAGGGAGAACUAAAAGCCAUAUUGAACUCCCCACCGGUGAAACCUGGAGAUUUCAAGGCUUUUGAGGACUUCUCCUCAGCUGUAAAUACACUGGUGGGAAUGCUAAGUCGCAUGCAUGGUCCCGCUCAGUCUGAGCUGCAGUGCGGUUCCCACGUUGACACUCUCCUAGCUAAACUGCCUGCUAACUACAGAGAUAGCUUUGCCGAAUACUGCAUUAAAAGAGGGAUCAUCCGCAGUGGAAGCGACCAAACAUACACACUACCUGACCUCGCUGAAUGGCUCGAUAUGAAGGUUCAGGUGCUCCAGGUGUCACGACGUGCUGCAGACACCAACUCAGCCGAGUUCAGUCACACUACACAGAAAGAGACUAAAGCAGUUAAAUCACAGUGGAGCAAACCAGCUUCAGUCUACUUCAGCAGUGACUCGUCAACAGUCAAGCAACAACAGCCCUCUUCACAGAGACAGCAGACGUACUCCCAACCAGGAUCAAAGAAAGAUCAGCCUACAGGCAAGAAAAGAGAGCGCUUCACGCCGUAUUGUCCAUAUUGCACGACCACCCAGGAUCAUUACCUCAACGGUUGUCCUGAGUUUGAGAAAAUCACUACAGCAGAGAAAGCAGCUUGGAUUAAGGACAAAGGUAAAUGCUGGCGAUGUGGGCGUGGCCACUCACCUGAAAGUUGUACUCUAAAGAAACUGUGUUCCACGUGCAACAAACAACACCUGCUGAUACUUCAUGACGUCGUGGCUCAAGACCCACAGCUAAACAUCCUCACUGUUAGCACUCCCACCAACGCAGUGUACCUGGAUCAUGCCAGCCACUCAGGACGUGUUCUUCUGAAGGUGGUACCAGUGCUGCUUCGCCACGGUAAACGAACACUGAACACGUAUGCUGUGUUAGACGACGGCUCCGAGCGCACAGUGAUUCUAGCUGCAGCAGCCAAACAUCUUGGGUUACGUGGAGAAGAGGAGUCUCUCCAGCUAAAGACCAUCAGGCAGGACGUCUUGAAGCUCCAAGGAAUGAUGGUGUCAUUUGAAGUAUCUGCCAACACACAGCCACGCGUCUAUCAACUCAUCAGCCAAGCCUUCACUGCAUCUGAGCUCCAGCUAGCAGAGCAGUCAUGUCCAGGAAACAAGUUGUCAAGGAAAUACAACCACCUGAAAGGGGUUCCUCUACACACGUUCACCAAAGUGCAGCCCAUGGUACUAAUCGGGUCCGACCACCCUCAUUUAAUAACUCCAAUUCAACCAGUACGUGCAGGUCCUCUCGGAGCACCAGUAGCUAUUUGCACUCGGCUCGGCUGGGCAAUACAGGGACCCACUAACUUUCUUCAGCAUUCACCUGGUGAGAGCUCUUUCCUUCACCUGUCGGUUGAGGCACCAUGCCCUGACAUACAUAGGGAUGUUCAGCGACUGUGGCAGCUCGACAUUUUGCCAUACAAAACCGAAAAGGAGGUGACACGAUCCAAGCAGGACAAAACAGCCCUCACCAUGCUGGACGAGAGAAGCAUCAGUGUAACAGUGGAAGGCGUCUCAAGGUACGCAACGCCUCUCCUUCGAAAGAAGAAGAUAGCUCUACCACGUGCAUCACCUUCUGCUGUGAUGCCUCUCCUGCGUGCUACAGAGCGGCGCCUAGCUACUAACCCUGAACUUGCAAAGAUCUACAAUCAAGAAAUACACAAGCUGGUAGAAGCUGGGUAUGUAGCGCAGAUCACCAGUGAGGAAGCCACCAGAUCUGUGGAAUCCUGGUAUAUCCCACAUCACUUAGUAUACCACAACCAAAAGGCAAGAGUGGUAUUCAACUGCUCCUUUCGCUACCAAGAUGUUGCCCUGAAUGACGACCUGCUACCAGGACCCUCUCUCGGACCUUCUCUGUUGGGAGUUCUACUUCGGUUUCGAGAACAUACGGUUGCAAUCAGUGGAGACAUAAGAGCUAUGUUUCACCAGGUCAGACUGCUCCCAGAGGAUCGUCCACUCGUCCGCUUCAUCUGGCGUGAUAUGGACAGAGACAGACCACCUGACAUCUACGAGUGGCACGUUCUGCCAUUUGGCACAGUGUGCAGUCCUUGCUGUGCAAUAUACGCUCUACAGCGCCACGUUCGAGAGCACCAGAAUGAAGAUGAUGACAUGCUGGAGACGGUAACCACUUCAUUCUAUGUGGAUAACUGUCUGAAAUCUCUCCGAUCGCCACGACAAGCUAAAGAUCUCCUGGACCGCCUGCGUGCAUUCCUGGCCAAGGGUGGAUUCGAGCUCAGACAGUGGGCAUCCAACAAGACUGAGGUAAUAUCUCACCUUCCAACCACUGCACGAUCAGCAAUAUCUGAACUGUGGCUAACUGCUGAAGGAGCUGAGCCCAAAGAGUCCACACUUGGACUGAUAUGGCACUGUGUGACGGACACACUAGGUUACAAAUGUCAGCUUGCUGCACCCAAACCGCCUACUUUGCGGAAUGUUUACAGAGUGCUUGCCUCACAAUAUGACCCUCUUGGCUACAUCACCCCCUUCACCACCAGAGCCAAAGUCCUGGUCCAGGCUCUUUGGGCUACAGAACGACAGUGGGAUGAGCCAAUCGCCAAUGAGCUACUUCCAGUAUGGCAGGCAUGGGAAGACGAGCUCCCUCAGCUGCAAAACAUCGUCUUCCCAAGGUGUUACGUCCCAGAAUCUGCUGACAACGACUCAGCAGUGAAGCAGAUUCACAUCUUCUGCGACGCCUCCGAGAAGGCCUACGGCUCAGUGGCCUACUUGCGAUCUGAGGAUGCAGAGGGACGUAUCACUGUGUCAUUUAUUAUGGCCAGGUCACGUGUCGCACCCAAACGACAACAGACGAUGCCCCGACUGGAAUUAUGUGCUGCAGUCACAGGGGCUCAACUGGCCAAUGUUCUUCAGACGGAGUUAACUUCGCCCAUUCAAUCUGUGGUGAUGUGGUCUGAUUCAACAACUGUACUGAGCUGGAUACAGUCAGAGUCCAAUCAGUACAAGGUAUUUGUUGGUACAAGAGUGACUGAAAUACUCGACUUUACCACCCCAGAAUCAUGGAGGUAUGUUAACACAGACCUGAACCCCGCUGACGAUAUCACACGCGGCAAGACCCUCCUCGAGCUAUCCCAGCCUAACCGUUGGAGUCAAGGGCCUACGUUCCUGUACCAGUCCUCAGAUCACUGGCCAGUGAACCACUCAGUGAGUAAUGAAGGUCAUGACGAGUUAAAAUCUCAAGCUUUCUGUGGUCACAUAUCUAUCACCAGCACAGAGGCACCUGAUCCUGUUCAGUAUAAUACAUGGGAUGAACUGCUACAAGCAACCCAUCGGUCCUUACAUGGGGCGGCAGGUCCUUCCAUGUCAGCUGCCGAUCGUAUUGAAAUGGAGACAACGCAGCUGAGAAGGAUACAAGCUGACAGCUUCCCCGAGGAACUGAAGGCACUCAAGCAGGGGAAACCAGUACAUUCUAACAGCCGUUUAAGUGCUCUUAGCCCUGAAUACGAUCAAGUGUUGGGCCUCAUUCGAGUUGGUGGUAGACUACGCAGAUUGGAGGACAUUCCAGAAGACAGUCUUCAUCCUGUUGUCCUUAGCCCAGAUCACCCGAUCACACAGCUCUUGGUGAAGGACUACGACCAGCGUCUACACCAUGCUGGCUCAGAGAGGGUUUUCGCUGAGAUCCGGAGAAAUUUCUGGAUAUUACGUGGGCGACAGGUAAUCAGGAAACAUCAGAAACAUUGUGCUGAGUGUCGUAAAUGGCGUAGCACCCCUGUUGCACCGAUGAUGGCAGACCUGCCGGCUGCUCGGCUCCGGAUCAACAAACCCCCGUUCUGGUCCACCGGAGUUGACUGUUUUGGUCCCUAUACAGUGAAAGUCGGAAGAAGACAUGAGAAACGGUGGGGCAUCAUAUUCAAGUGUCUUACUUCCAGAUGUGUUCACCUUGAUCUGCUGCCACACUUGGACACAGACUCAUUCUUGAUGGCUUUGCGGCGUUUCAUUUCACGACGUGGCAAGCCAUAUGAGAUUCUAUGUGACAGAGGGACAAACUUCCGAGGUGGGGAGCGUGAGCUCAAGGAAUCUUUGGAAGAUCUCGAGCCAUCACUGAGACAACAGCUGGUAAGCCAAAGUAUCACUUUCAAGUUCAAUCCUCCCCUCGCUCCUCAUUUUGGUGGUGCGUGGGAGAGGGAAGUAAGAUCAGUCAAAGCCUCCCUUCAAGUUGUACUGCGGGAGCAAGUUGUAUCUGAGGAGGUGUUGUCAACCGUCCUGGUUGAAGUGGAGGGUAUACUCAACUCGAAACCACUCGGCUACUCCUCUUCUGACUUGGCUGACCCUGAUCCUGUAACACCUAACUUGCUGUUGAUGGGGCGGCACGACGCAUCGCUUCCUCAAGCAGCAUACGGCUCCAGUGAACUUCUGGGGCGCCGACGUUGGAAGCACAGCCAGGUCUUGGCGGACCAGUUCUGGAGCCAAUUCACCCGCAAGUACCUUCCUGACCUUCAGCGACGCCAGAAGUGGAAAAAACCAACCGUGGCUCUUGCUACGGAUCAAGUGGCCAUGGUAGUGGAUUCUCAGCUUCCUAGAGCACUCUGGCCUAUCGGGAAGGUCGUCAAAGUUCACCCCAGUCAAGACGGGACAGUUCGUACAGCAGACAUUGACAUUAAGGGAACAGUCUACACUCGUCCAGUUACCAAGUUGGUACUGCUUCCAGAGAUGCCUAAUGACCGGGACAUUGGAGUCCCCUAAUCACAGCAAGUACUUGUACCUUUUUACACAUUCAGGAAUGAAUGUGGGGGCGGCUGUUGUGAAUUCCCUGCUGUGAGGGCUGGACAACGAGCUGCCUCGCUUUGGGACAAUUGUGUUGCUGCGCAUGCGUAUAAUAUUCUCAAAAGAACCGCGGUUGAGGGAAGAAGUUCGUCCUCGGCCGAGUAUUAAUGUGCCUGCAUUCGCAUAAAUAACCGUGUGCGUCGGUGAUAAGUAAGUUGUAAUGUUCGCCACGUACACUGAAGUCAUAUAUGUGAUACUUGUGUUACUAGUUUAUAUUGUAGCUUGUUGCACGUUAUCUCCGCUGGUAGCACCCCGCUGCUAACGUAGCAUUCUAAUUCUCACGUUGCGCCAGCGCGUUGUAAUAUAUGUACAAAGUUAGACUGUAUUGGAUCUCUAAGUGUGCAUUCAGAGUUUGAUCCCAUUCAAUGUUCAUAUUUGAGAUCGCUGUCAAUUGUGGUCGUAGGUGACCGAUUGAUUUAGCUACCGAGUGCAUAGCCUGCAGCUAUAGCAGCUCUCUUGUUUGUAGGACUGGUCAUUUAUUAUCGAUGGUUCAUUGCUUGUCCAAUGCGGACAUCUAGUGGUCAUUUUGGUGUAACGCCUAGUUUAUUUCCGCUGGAAUUCAUUCAAUUCAUUGUAUUGUGAACUUUACAGGUUUAUUUCACCAUUAUAAGUUUAUUGAUGUUUUUCUUAAUAUAUUUCUUUCAGAUACACAAACCACACACUCACAUUAAUGUCCAGAUGCAAUCAAAGGCACAAUGGAUGCAAACAACUGUAAAUAAAGUUCAUCAAACCAAUAGAAGUUGC